GUUUAUGCCCUAAAACUCCCACCCUUAAAUUUCCAACUCUAACUAAACCCACGAUCCAAUUCCGUAGCUCCCAAGUCCCCUUCUCCCCCGCCUCGAUCCAACCCUCUUCUCCCAAAUCCCCUUACAACCUCGAUCCUGCUCUAGCAACUGUAAUCACCAGAAAUUCCUAAGAGAAAAUGGCGUCGGCGUUGAGAUCCGCCAUUCUCCCUCACAUUCGAGUUCCCGUAACCAAUUCCUUAUCCCUCAGCGGAUCAAUGUCGUCUCACCUCGACAAGCAGGCAGUUAUCGACCGAGUUCUUGACCUCGUCAAGAGCGUCGAUCCAUCCAAGGUCACUCCUGAUGUUCAUUUUCAAAAGGAUUUGGGACUGGAUAGCUUAGACACUGUGGAGAUUGUGAUGGCUCUCGAGGAAGAGUUUAAGUUGGAAAUUCCAGAUAAGGAAGUUGAUAAAAUUGACUCAUGCCAUCUAGCAAUCGAAUAUAUUCACAACCAUCCUAUGGCAAGCUAAGAUAUGCGACUUUCCACGGUUUGGUGUUUUGUUAACUAAAAGCAUGUAUCCUUCCAUCUUUGGGCGGGAAAUAAUUUAGUCGUGCUUGAGAUGAGAUAUCCCUGAGCUGGGGUUGAAUGUUGGCGCCUAGUCUCUUCUUGUGUUGUUUUUAUUAAGCUCACGUUCCUCUGUAUUUCAAUGUACUAUAUCUAGUAAAUAACCAAGGAAACAUUGUCAACAAUUUUUUUAAGGUCCGCACACUUGAAGUGAUGCUGCCUCAAUGUGGGAAUUAACAGAUCUUGAAAUAUUGUCGAUUGUUGCCUCA